GAUCACCGAACUCGGAGUCAGUCGCGAAAAGUGAAGGCAGACAAAAACGGUGGGAACAAGAUGCGAAAACAAGUUCUGACUGGUGUUUGUUAGAGAUUGACUCGACCCGGUUUGUGGCAGUGCUUGAUGAUUUAUCGGCGUGACUGAUGAGAGAGGGUCAAGCCUCAUUGGAAGUUGGAACAAGAUGUGUACUCACUUGAUUCGGUAGUCAAAAGUCCGAACACAUGUGUUGCACGUCCACCAAGUGAGACUCAAUUUGGAUGAUCAUCAGUUUGGUGGUGAGAAACGAACGAGUUCUCAACCAUUGUCACAAAGGAAUUGGCGAGUCGUUUUCAAUUUGCUCGAGUUUGGCUGACAGUUGGACCGGUGUCUAAAAGUGGGAAAACUCGAAAACUGGAAAGGGGCGGGACCGUGCUCGUCAACACCAUAAAGCAAGCCACCAACAGAAUGAAAUGCUGAAGAAGGAAACAGAAGUGGUGAUCCGUGGAAGUUUUGGCGGCCAAACCACUCUGAUCCACCGAGUUCCAUGGAAUAAGAGAAUGGGCGGAGCCCUCUUGGCAGUGACAGUAUUUCCCCCAAAAUUGGAAAUGGAACAAUGGAGUGGCAAAAAAUUAACACAUCAAGUGCAGAGUGUGCGGGCAUGAUAAUCGACGGCCAGAAAAAAGAGUCUGUGGAAAAAGAUAACAAAGGCUGCCAACAGCCAAGGCCAGUCAGUGAAAGUGGGAAAAGUGGGAAAACACAUCAGGUUGACAGACGAACACAAACCUUUUGUGUUUCUGUCAUUCUUGAGUGACUGACAAUUUCGAGGAUGCCAGAGCAUUCGCAGUAAGCCCACAUAAGCCUCGUUGUGCCCAUUUCUGCAACCAAAUUGGAGUCGAAGCGGCGAAAAAGAAGAAAUGAAAGUGAAUUGACAGAGAGAUUGGGUCUCAGGUGCCGAAUCGCCUCGAAACACAGAUAAGUUUUAAGCCUCCGCCGCACAUUUCUCCCUUGGGAGAACGAGGAGGCCUGCUUAGCUAUCUGGGUAGGUAGGUCGCUGGACGUAAUCGUGGAAGUGUCUUCUUCUCUUAUCAUCUCCUGUGUCCAUUGUCAAAGUUCUUGGCUCACAAAAAUACUCUCGACAAAGUGGUGGAGGGAGAAAGGAGCAGGGAGGCCUCUUUUUCCGACUUGAAAAUGAUCUCCGAGAGGCCGAAACGUCAGAGAGGUCAUCAUCAUCAUCCUCAUCUUGAUCUGCUGCAUCCAGUUGAGAGGCCCUCAUCCUCAAAAAGGGCAACAUUGCAAGGACCACGACGACCAUCCUUUACUUUAGCCUGAGCCAACGACCAAUAGGCGAACAAGGAGGAAAAGAGAAAGAAAACAAGAAAGAGAGGCAAAGUUUUCCCCUUUAGAUCGAACAAUAUGAUGAGGAUCAUGGCCCACCAGCCUCGGCGUGGUUCCCUUUCAACCUCGACCACCCGAGUGGUCAUCUCCACCCUAUUGUUCCUCGUGGUGGUGAAACUGGAACAAAGUUUCGUCUCGGGUCUCUGUCCGUCGCAAUGCGAGUGCAACGAUGAGCUCCUCACCGCCGUCUGUUCCAUGGCCAACCUAAGCGUGGUUCCCAUUUUCCUGAACCCCAGCAUCAAGAGCUUGGACGCAAGCCGAAAUAAGGUUCACAAACUGGAGGAGAUUCUUAAUGUUUACAAGGACUUGGAACGACUCGACCUGUCACGAAACCAGUUCAAACACAUCGGACGUCAAAAGUUUGUGGAUCAAGUACGCCUCCAGAGCCUGAAUUUGAGCAACAACUUCCUGACCAGCCUUCACGGUAAUGCGUUCCAAGGUCCGAGUGCUCUUCACGUGCUCGAUUUGAGCCACAACAUUUUGACCAGUUUGGUGAAUCAGACCUUUGAUGGGUUGGACUCGUUGCUGGAGCUGCGACUUCAUCACAACCAGUUACGCACCAUCGAGUGGGGGGCCUUCCAAGGUCUCCAAAGGCUGAGGGUGAUUCAUUUGGAACACAACCAACUGCAGAGCAUGCGGCCCGAGUGGUUGUCCCCCAUGGAGAGUUUACGUUUUUUAUACGGCGCCCACAACGUGCUAACAGAAUUACCUGAUGAUGCUUUUAAGUCGUUGACAGCUUUGAGAGUGAUUACGUUCCGUGAGAAUAGGUUGUCGUCGAGCAACAUCAGUCAAUACGCCUUCCGAGGCUGUCGAGGUGUGGACACUCUCGACCUUUCCUACAAUUUGUUACACUCCGUGCCCAAUGGCGCUCUCUCACAAUUGCCUAAACUCAAUCAUUUGGACUUGUCAGGCAAUCCAGUGGGCAGCUUGGAUCGAACCUCCUUUCAGAGUCUAUUUGAGCUCGAGGUCUUGCAUCUGAACAACAUGAGUCAGCUGGAAACCUUGAGUGGACAUGCCUUCAUUGACAACAUGAAGUUAAGGGAGCUCCAGAUGGAGAACAACUCCCGAUUGGCCCCUCUUCCUUGGGGAGUGUUUGCCACGAAUGCCCUACUUCAAACCUAUAGCGUGAGGCACAACAGUUGGGCCACUCUGUCUCCUUAUCAAAUCCCCCAGCCUUCACUCAAAUCACUCUUUCUCGAAGGGCUUCCAUUGCACUGCAAUUGUUCGGUCACGUGGCUCUGGGAGAUCUAUCAGCGCGGCAUUGCCAACACAUCCUUGUCAGCCUCGUCGUCCUCGUCGUCCUCGUCGACGUCCUCGAUUUACGUCGACCAGGUUCGAUGCUCAUGGAUAUCGGGGAGCCCUGCUAAUGGGCAAAAAGGUGGUCAAGUGGGCGACCCACUUUCUCAAAUGACCAUAGAUCAGUUGGUCUGUGCGGAUUGGACGCAAAUCCUGAUCAUUAUCUCCCUCUCCAUCAUUGUGACUGUGCUUGUGUUGGUGAUUGCGGCCGUGGUCAUCUACAAAUUCCGACAAUACCGAAUGGAGAGCAAGUACGGAGGGGCGAUGCUGCACAUCAAGGAUGAUACCAUGAUCUACAAAGCCGCCCUUCACUCCUCCAGCGGCAGUUAUGCCUCCUCCAAUGAGCCCACCUACAAGGCUGUGAGUGCCGUGGGAUUCAGUCCCACUGGCCAUCAUCCACCACCACCACCACGCACUAAUGAACAACUUCCACCGGGCCUCGAGCCAUUCUAUGAGGUGCCCAAGUAUGCUAAUCCCCACGAGGAGGCGUUCAACGAAUCCAAAUUCACCGCCAAUGGUGGCGGCGGUGGCUUGGUGGGCACCGAGCUUUGGGAGCCGGACUAUUUCACCAGCCCCGGCCACUGCUACACCAAUCCGAGACUAAUGACGAUGAUGCACAACUCAAGCCCCCCAUCCAGGGGCAAUGGGGCCCAAAGUGCAACGCCGAGUGCCUCAGGCUACUCGGUCUCGAAUCAGUUCCAAAGUUAUCAUGGAAGUCCACAGAGUACUUCCACCGGGGUCAGCAGUAUGGGUAGUAGUUCGAAUGCCAGUAGCACGGCCAGCUCCCAUGGGUCCAAGCCCAUGUUCUACUCACCCACGGCACGUUUGCACAAUCAAAACAACCACACAUUGGCUCAUCAUCCUCAGCGGCACUCACCCAUGAAAUUCUUCUCGGGCAACACUUAUCACCCGAAUCAAUCGGCGGGCACCAAUGCCAACCCGAGUUCCACUUCCACGCCACUCGUGGGCUCAUCGCCGGCCAAAAUGAUGCCCUUCCAGCCGAGCAAUCGCAAUGCCUCCCCCGUCAAAAAUCCCAAUCACACACCACUGGCCUCGGCUAAGCGGUCGACUCUGAAUCGAUCCAACCCUAGUGGACAAUUUCAGCAGAACUUCUACGUGUGAUUGGAUAUGUGGCUUUUAUCAUCGUGUGAUCAACACUGUCAUCGCAAUCCACGGUGGUUAAUCCGCAUGUCGAUAUUUCUCCCCUAUUCCGUCGUGGCCAGUUGCCACUGGAACCCAUCCACAAGAGUGAAUGUGGUGGAUGGAGGGUGCAAAAUGCUAAAUUGGGGGAUAAGCUGCUCGUAUUUAUUGAUAGGGGAGCAAUUCGACAACGCGGCGGUCGAGAAGGCUGAAGGAGAAGAGAGGUCAUGUUUGCUUUAGCUUCUGCUUUAGCUUCUGCCUCCAUGUCAUCUUGGUUGGUUCCAUUCACUCAGGAGCAGAAGAUGGGAGAACGGGAGCGAGUGGCGAAUAAAUGCGAUGCAAUUCCAAUCUCCUCUCCGUCUUGAGAGAAUUUGGCAGAACAAAAAGCGGAAAACAGGUCAAAUCGUCACAACCAGAAAGAGGCUCAAGGCACGAACGAGCGAGAACGAAAGAGCGAUGGAGGCCGUCAUGAUGAAAACAGCUCAACACGACGAUGAGGCCAGGAAAACGAAAUCGACUAGGGAGUGGAAAAACACAGCAAGAGAGCUCUUUUUCUCCCCAUGGAGAGGAAAACGAGAAUUAUUGGCCAAACCAUCAUAAU